GUCCUUCUUGCUCUCUCCCGUAGGUGCUCGGCGGGCCAGCAUGCCUUUGUUCCUAAUGUGUGAGCAACGCAGGAAGUAGCAGCCAGUCCCUGGCACUUGUUCCCGGAGCGAUGUCUGCUACCAGGGGAAAUGGAGAGCACUGGAAGUCCUUGGAGUCUGUGGGGAUCAGCCGGAAGGAGCUGGCGCUGGCUGAGGCCCUGCAAAUGGAGUAUGAUGCCCUGUCUCGCCUGAGGCAGGACAAGGAGGAGAGCCAGGCCAAGCAAAACACCGACCGGCCCCUCAUUUCCUGGGACGGUCCAGAUCUGGAUUACAACAAGCCGUCCGUCAGGAACGACUGCAACAGCAUCAAGAUCAUGCGAGGUCUCUCCGGCUCGGACCCCACCCUCAAUUACAACUCCCUUGCAGUCCAGGGGAGCUCGAGACCUCUGGGCACCCACAAUACUACCUCAUCCAGCCCACUGCCCAAGCCAGAUAGCCAGCCUUGGCUGAAGGGGCCGCUCUCCAGUGACUACCUAUAUAUCUUUGAAAGUUCGGAGGGAGACUUCCUCCCUGAGCCGCUCAAUGGGACCUCGCACCACGAUGGCAGUGGCAGCUCCCCCAAGAAGCUCUCGCCUCCUCCACUGCCCCCUCGCAUCUCCAUCUGGAGCUCUUCAGAGGUGAACCACUCCUCCUUUAAGGGCUCCCCACCGUCCUACAAAGGGUCCCAGCCCAACGACAUCAAUAUGUUCUCCUCGGCCCAUGAGCAGGCUGACCGGAAGCUGCUGGGCCGCAGGAUCUCGGAGGAAGACCCGUAUGGCCUGGUGGACUAUGACGGCAUCAACGAUGCCAUCACCUGCCUCAAUCUGAAGUCUACCUACGAUGCAGCGCUGCUGAGGGAGGCGACCUGGGGCUGGAAGGAAGGCAGGAGCUUCUUUGAGAAGGAGACCACUGGGAAGCCAGUGGCACGGAGCAAGACCAUGCCGCCCCAGGUCCCACCCAGGACCUACGUCUCCAGGUUCGGCAACCGGAAGAACGUGACGCCCAACAAGAACCGCAGGAUCUCGGUGGAUCCGGUCGCCUCCUGCCCGCACUCCUUGGCCAACGGCUAUGAACUGUUUGAGGUCUCCGAGGAGAGGGAUGAAGAGGUGGCUGCCUUCUGCCACAUGCUGGAUGUCUUGAGGUCUGGCUACAGCAUCAAGGACUACUCCCUCACCGGCUACGUCUGGAGCGCCGUCAACUUCAGCCCUGAGCACCUGGGCCAUGGCAUCAGCCUGAAGGUGACCGUGGUGUACGACAGCCUCCAGGAGCCACUCACCUUCACUUGUGACUGCUCCUCCACGGUGGAUCUGCUCAUCUACCAGACUUUGUGCUACACCCACGAUGAGCUGCAUGACAUCGAUGUAGACAACUUUGUACUCAAGCUCUGCGGCCUGGAGGAGUUCUUGCAAAACAAGCAUGCCUUGGGCAGCCAUGAGUACAUCCAGCACUGCAGGAAGUUUGAUGUUGACAUCCGGCUGCAGCUGAUGAAGAGGAAGGCCGUGCGCAGUGACCUGGCCAGGACGGUGAACGAUGACCAGAGCCCUUCCACGCUCAACCACUACAUUCACCUUCAAGAGAGGCCGAUCAAGCAGACCAUCAGCAGGCAGGCCCUGAGUCUCCUCUUCGACACCUUCCACAAUGAGGUGGACACCUUCCUGGCAGCUGAGGGAGACGUCCAGCCGAAGGCGGAGCGAGUGAUCCAGUCCGUCAUGGCCAUUUGCAAUGCCCUGGCUGCUGUUGAGUCCCAGGAGAUCACCCGUGCCCUGAACCAAAUGCCGCCCUGUCCUUCUCGCAUGCAGCCCAAAAUUCAAAAGGAUCCAAAUGUCUUGGCUGUGAGGGAAAAUCGAGAGAAGAUUGUGGAGACCCUGACGGCCUCUAUCUUGGAUCUGGUGGAGCUCUACUGCAACACCUUCAAUGCCGACUUCCAGACCGCGGUGCAUGGCAGCAGGAAGCACUACCUGGUGCAGGAGGCCUGUCUCCUGCCUUGUCCCCUCUCCUUCACUGUCUACGCCACGCACCGUAUCCCCAUCACUUGGGCUGCCAGCUAUGAAGACUUCUACCUCUCCUGCUCCCUCAGCCAUGGCGGCAAGGAGCUCUGCAGUCCGCUGCAGACGCGCAAGGCUCACGUGUACAAGUACCUCUUCCACCUCAUCAUAUGGGACCAGCAGAUCUGCUUCCCAAUCCAAGUGAACCGGCUCCCGCGGGAGACGCUGCUGAGCGUUACUCUCUACGCCGUGCCUGUCCCACCGCCGGGCAGCUCCUCUGAGACCAACAAGCAGCGGCGGGUGCCCGAGGCGCUGGGCUGGGUCACCACCCCGCUCUUCAACUUCAGGCAGGUCCUGACCUGUGGGCGGAAGCUCCUGGGCUUGUGGCCAGCGACUCAGGACAACUCCAGGGCUAGGUCAAGCGCUCCCAACUUCAACCAGCCCGACAGCGUUAUUUUGCAGAUCGACUUCCCCACCUCUGCAUUCGACGUGAGGUUCAUGAGCCCGCCGGCUGCCGAGUUCAGCCCCAAGUACGAGUUCGGCAGCUUGGGGGACGAGGAGCAGCGCAGGCUGAGGGAGGUGAUGCAGAAGAAAUCGCUCUACUGGUUGACAGAUGCUGACCGGAAGCGGUUAUGGGAGAAACGUUACUACUGCCACACAGAGCCCGGGUCGCUGCCCCUGCUGCUCGCCAGUGCCCCCAGCUGGGAGUGGGCCUGCCUGCCCGACAUCUAUGCCCUGCUGAAGCAGUGGACCUACAUGAAUCACCAGGAUGCCCUGGGACUCCUGCAUGCAACGUUCCCCGAUCAGGAGGUGAGGAGGACGGCUGUGCAGUGGAUCGACUCCAUAUCCGACGCAGAGCUGCUGGACUACCUGCCGCAGUUGGUCCAGGCCCUGAAGUAUGAGUGCUACCUGGACAGUCCUCUGGUGCGGUUCCUUAUGAAGCGAGCCAUCUGCGACCUCAAGAUCACGCACUACUUCUUCUGGCUACUGAAGGACGGUCUGAAAGACUCCCAGUUCAGCAUCCGCUACCAGUACCUGCUGGCGGCCCUGCUCUGCUGCUGUGGGAAAGGCCUGCGGGAGGAGUUUGACCGGCAGUGCGCGCUGGUCAACACCCUGGCCAAGCUGGCCCAGCAGAUCCGCGAGGCCGCGCCGUCCUCGCGGCAGGCCAUCCUCCGGGAAGGGCUGGAAGACGUGAAGCAGUUCUUCAACAUCAACGGCUCCUGCCGCCUGCCGCUCAGUCCCAGCUUGCUGGUGAAGGGCAUCGUGCCCAGGGACUGCUCCUACUUCAACUCCAACGCCGUGCCCCUGAAGCUGUCCUUCCAGAAUGUCGACCCCCUGGGGGAGAACAUCCGUGUCAUCUUCAAGUGUGGAGACGACCUGCGGCAGGACAUGCUGACGCUGCAGAUGAUCCGGAUCAUGAACAAGAUCUGGGUGCAGGAGGGGUUGGACAUGCGCAUGGUCAUCUUCCGCUGCUUCUCCACCGGCCGCGGCCGAGGGAUGGUGGAGAUGAUCCCCAAUGCAGAGACCUUGCGCAAGAUCCAGGUGGAGCACGGGGUAACAGGCUCCUUCAAGGAUCGCCCUCUGGCAGACUGGCUGCAGAAGCACAACCCCAAGGAGGAUGAGUACGAGAAGGCCGUGGAGAACUUCAUUUACUCAUGUGCCGGCUGCUGUGUGGCCACCUACGUGCUGGGGAUCUGCGAUCGGCACAACGACAACAUCAUGCUCAAAACCACUGGCCACAUGUUCCACAUCGACUUCGGCAGGUUCCUGGGCCAUGCUCAGAUGUUCGGCAACAUUAAGAGGGACCGGGCCCCGUUUGUCUUCACCUCGGACAUGGCCUAUGUCAUCAACGGUGGUGACAAGCCCUCCAGCCGCUUCCACGACUUCGUUGACCUCUGCUGCCAGGCAUAUAACCUCAUCCGCAAGCACACCCACCUCUUCCUCAACCUGCUGGGCCUGAUGCUGUCCUGCGGCAUCCCUGAGCUCUCCGACCUCGAGGACCUCAAGUAUGUCUAUGACGCCCUGAGGCCGCAGGACUCUGAGGCUGAUGCUACCACCUACUUCACCAGGUUGAUCGAGUCCAGCCUGGGCAGCGUGGCCACCAAACUCAACUUCUUCAUCCACAACCUUGCGCAGAUGAAGUUCACGGGCUCUGAUGCCCGCCCCACGCUCUCCUUUGCUCCCCGCACGCACACCCUCAAGGCGUCCGGCCGGAUCCGCGACAUCUUCCUCUGCCGCCACGAGAAGGUCUUCAACCCCAGCAAGGGCUAUAUGUACGUCGUGCAGGUGCAGCGAGAGAGCCCCCACGAGGUCGCCUACAUCCAGCGCACCUUCGAGGAGUUUCAGGAGCUGCAUAACAAGCUACGCCUCCUCUUCCCAUCCUCCCAGCUGCCCAGUUUCCCCAGCAGGUUUGUGAUCGGCCGGUCACGAGGGGAGGCCGCGGCUGAGAGGAGGAAGGAGGAGCUGAAUGGCUACAUCUGGCACCUUAUUCAUUCGGCACCCGAGGUCACAGAGUGCGACCUCGUGUAUACGUUCUUUCACCCCCUGCCACGGGAUGAGAAGGCUGCAGGCACCAGCCCGGCUCCCAAGCCUGCAGAUGCCACAUGGGCUCGCCCCAUUGGGAAGGUGGGAGGGGAGGUGAAGCUCUCCAUUUCCUACAAGAACAACAAGCUCUUCAUCAUGGUGAUGCACAUCCGAGGCCUGCAGCCUAUCCAGGAUGGGAAUGACCCUGACCCUUAUGUCAAGAUCUAUCUGCUGCCUGAUCCCCAGAAGACCACUAAAAGGAAAACCAAAGUGGCUCGAAAAACCUGCAACCCCACUUACAAUGAAAUGCUGGUCUACGACGGGAUUCCCAAAGGUGAUCUCCAGCAGCGGGAACUGCGCCUGAGCGUCCUGAGUGAGGAGGGCUUCUGGGAGAACAUCCUUCUCGGGGAGGUCAGCAUUAAACUCCGGGACCUGGACCUCACCCAGGAGAAGAUGGGCUGGUUCGCAUUGGGCUCUAGGAGCCACGGGACCAUGUAAGAAGAGCAGGGGGCAGCCGCGUCGGAGGAACCACACCAGCCCCACGAUGCUGGUGCUCACUGUGCUGGGCCGUGGGAAUGGGCGCGCAUCCCAGGAGUUGUAUCCUGGAUCCAGAUGGAUUUCCUUGUCCACCAGCAGGAAACAGAGAUGCUCUCUCUGCCAAUGAAGGGGUUUUUCUUUGUCCUGUAGAGACUGGGAAUUCAGAGUCUUGAUAGGAAAUCCUAUUGUGACUUGAAAAGGCUGCAGUAGACUUUUUUUUUUAAGUUUACCUUGUGUCAAGGGAGCAAUGAUAGUGGGGGUGGGGGGGAAGGGUGGCAGGAGAUAUUGGGGACAUUUCACUUAUUUUUCUUUGGGAUAUCUUUAUUAUUAUUAUUUUUUUUUUAAAUAUUGAAAAGUAGUUUGUGCCCAGAUGGGGCCUGGAUGAGAGAAGAGACCUGUGAGGGCAGGGGGAGGUGUGGGGUGCAUCAGCAGUAAGGCUCUUGUUGGCCUUUCUCUAGGGGAUUUUCUUAAAGGGAUGUAUAUAUAGGAUUUUGGGGGGCGCCAAAAGGCCCGGAUAAGGCCUCCUACUCUCUGGCUUAGGGGCUGUUGUGCUCAUAUGCAGGCUGCCUUCUCUGUUCAUCCCGGAGAAUUUGCUUCCAAAGGAGAGCUGUGUAAUUCGUACGCGUGUAGAUUCUGGAUUCCUGGUGGAGGGCCGGCAAGUCUGUGAACUGUGCUCCCAGGGGAUGACAGGCGAGAUUAUUGAUUCCCUUCCCCCCUGAAAUAAUCCCUCCAGUACCCACUUUGAUUCCAGCUGUGCUGCCUUCGCCAGGACUGCAAGGCCCCUUAGGCUGGCCUGUUAGUGAUGCUGGCAUUCAUGCCCUUCAUCAGAGCUCAUUCACUGUCUGUACGUUGCUCACUGGACUGGACUGAUUUGUUCCAAGCAAGAAGAAACCCAAGGACUUGUGCCGAGGAGCUGGUACGGGCUAAGCCUUGCAAGUGGAGGCAGUCAGAUGUUGGAAGGGAGGGAAUGAUCUUACGUCUCUUGUGAGACAUUGCUGGAAACUCUUCUUCUGAGCGAGAGAAUCCACCUCUAUGAACUAGGUGCUUGUAGCUUUGCCUGUUGUUCCGGACCAGGGGUAUGGGGGCAGUGUGCAUCACAGGUGUGGCCCAUCGCGCAGAGGUGGGGAGGGGACUUACUGCCAGAUCCAUGAAAGGAUUACCCUGGAGUUGAGCACUGACACCCUUUGUACUGAGGCUCCUCCAGUGGGCCAUGCUGGGGAGAAGGAGCUGAGAGCACCAGGAAAGCGGUUCUGCUCCUCUCCCAACCCCUUCUUGUCAAUCUUGUGAGUGAGAAACUUUGGUAGGAAAUGAGAUUUGGUUUGGUCCAAUUCAGACCAGGGGGAGCGGGUGCCCGUUUCUUAACCAUGGCAGUUUUUAAAUCCGGUUUUAAGAGAGGCCCUUUCCCACCCAGUGUCGGAGCGGGGAGCGCUCCGCGUUGCCCCUCUCAGCAGUGCAGGCCGGACGGUGCAUGACCACGCUCUGGGAUGCUCAGCCUCCCAUCCCGUCCCGGCAAGCCCGCUGGGCGCCCUUGGUGCUUUGUUUACAGUGAGAACUCCGUAAACAGACGAAACGUUUCUCAGGAUCGAGAAUAUGAACUUACCUUUAUAUUAAAAGUUUUAACUCUUGUAUCUAGGAGGAGAAUGGGGUUGAACUAAGCUGGCGUGGGGAGUGAGAGAGGGAUUCUCCCCACUUUUCCCUCACCAUCUACCAGCUACAGUUAUGUCUGGGGGCGGCUUCUCUGCACCUUUGCAGGUGGGUCUGAGAGAGGUGCGUUAUGGAGAUGUCCUAGAUCUUAGCCAAGUUGCCUCGUCUCUUCAGUCAACUCUCUCCCUCGACCCACGCUCUUGGUCAGGGUGGGUGAGCUUCUGAAGAUGGUGCCUGUAACUCUCUCAGUUGUAAAACAGUGGCAUUCAAAUAAAAGGAAGCGAAUUGCAA